CCGGUCCGUUCGGAGAGAGACGGAGACAGACUGAGCUCAGCUGGUGAGGAGACGUCCCUGUGUGUCCGACAUUUAUCCAGCAUAACAAAGUGAUGCUUCCCGGUGAGCGGCCGCACUCACAGGCAGCAGAGGACCACCGGAGACCCCAGUGAACCGCAGUGCGCUGUUUGGAACGGAGUACAUUUCAGCUUCUUUCCGUUCUCUGAACUUUCGGCUAGAGGCAGAAGAAAAAGGAGACGCAGUGUUUUUUUUUCUCGCUCUCCGGUAAUGUCGGGCCGCCUUUAAAGAAAAAAAACAUUCUCCGCUGACUUGUCCGCCUCCAUGCGGCUGAGGACCGGACCCGGGGAGAAAGCGAGGCGCCCGGUGUGUCCGUGUGGAUUGUGAGCGAGUUCCGGAGCAGGAAUGCCUCGGGUUUGCCCGUGAGCUCCAUGUAAAGGUGUUCGUGUUGCGGCUCUUCGCCCGGCGGACCCUCGCUACUGGAUAUACGAGGAGUGUUAAGUCUCUGCGCAGUCAUUUGCUGUAAAUGGAUCGACAGUCCAGUUUCAUUUCCAUCUGGCUACAACUGGAACUCUGUGCCAUGGCUGUCCUUCUCACUAAAGGAGAAAUAAGGUGUUACUGUGACGCGCCGCACUGCGUAGCCACCGGAUACAUGUGCAAAUCCGAACUGAACGCCUGCUUCACCAAGGUCCUGGACCCGCUCAAUGCAAACUCGCCGCUCACCCACGGCUGCUUAGACCCCAUCGCCAACGCCCCGGACAUGUGCAGUGGCGGCAGCAGCUCGAGAGUCGCGGACGCCCUCAACGGGGCCUUGUCCACGACGCUGGAGUGCUGCAACGACGACAUGUGCAACUACAGAGGCCUGCACGACCUGGCACACACCAGGGACUCGACAGAUAGGUUCCAGCCCGACAGCAGCAACAGGAACCUAGUGACGCGGGUCCAGGAGCUGGCCUCGGCCAAGGAGGUGUGGUUCCGGGCGGCGGUGAUCGCCGUGCCCAUCGCCGGCGGCCUCAUCCUGGUGCUGCUCAUCAUGCUGGCGUUGCGAAUGCUGCGCAGCGAGAACAAGCGGCUGCAGGACCAGCGGCAACAGAUGCUGUCGCGACUCCACUACAGCUUCCACGGCCACCACACUAAGAAGGGCCACGUGGCCAAGCUGGACCUAGAGUGCAUGGUGCCGGUCACGGGCCACGAAAACUGCUGUCUGACCUGCGACAAGAUGAGACAGGCUGAACUGAGCAACGACAAGAUCCUUUCUCUAGUGCACUGGGGGAUGUACAGCGGCCAUGGCAAACUGGAGUUUGUAUGACUUCCUGCUGGGAACCAGGUGACUGUCACCUCUCCACAGCCAAACAGGACUGACUCUCAAUCGUUGGCUUUUUCCCCUUCAAAAGACAUUCCCAUCUUCUUUGUCCAUUGGACUUUUGGGUUUAUGUUUUUAUUCUUCCUUUUUAACCAGUGGCAAAAAAAUACGAGACUGAUAUCACGCCGUGUUUUUUUUGCUAGAGGAGCACUUUACUUGAAAAUGAAAGGCGAAGCAGUGAGAAGCUGUGUUGAAGCUUGAGAGAGGGCAGGACUGAGGUGGAGGACGAGCUCCACUGCUGCUCCUGAGGAUCCUGGACUUUUACACUGAGCGCUGAAGGAUUCCAAAUCUGUCUUAUUUGCACAUUUGUAAAAAGAAACACACAAAAAGUUGUCAUUGCUUAAAAAAAGAAUUUUACACUGACACCAGGGUACAAAAAAAAAGACUUGAGGAGUAAAACAAUUCAGUGUUUGACUGUAGGUGUGCACACUCCUCUGUGUACAUUUCAUGAUUCAAGCUUAUUGUAAAGAUUUCAAAUAUAUAUAUGUAUAUAUAUAUUUUUGUCUGAUAAAACUGACUGGUGCGUGCGUGUGUGUGUGUGUGUCUUGUUCUGGGUGAAUGUCCAACAUCUCUCUGUGAUCAGACUAUAAGCUUGAUUGUGAGCGUGAAAGAAAAACUUCCAUUAAAAGUGACUUUUUAUUUA